GAAGCUUUGACCAGCGCCUUCCACGUUCCAACGAACGCCGCACUGCAGGUGCGGCUCUGCAGAAGCUCCACCAAUACGCGCAUCGUGAAUGAUCUCACACCCCACAGUGAGAUGGGCACGCGCAAAUGAAGCAUCCAAUUGUCCGUAGACCGCCAUGACGUAUUGGCCCAUCUCCUCUCCCUCCGUCUUUGCGGCCGCUAAGAACACGAAUCUCGAGCGCACGCCUAUAUCCCAUGAUGGUACCGAUCAAGCGUCGCAGAGUGAACGGGAUGGCGCGUCUGAGGCCGGAUCCACAAACGAGACCGACGAUGACACGUCGAAUACAGGGACAGAAGGGGUGAAGGAGGAAGGGAAAGAGCAGAAAGCGCGUCAAAAGGGCAGUCCUGAUCAGUUUGCGGAAGAUGAUGUCCAUGGCGAGAUUGUUGCCAUUCGAGUGACAAGGAGUGGACAAUCGUUCGCAACCCUCACUCGAACGACCUUGACUAUAUGGCAGACGAAGCCCACCGUCAUCCUGGCUUCAGUUCUACGCUCGCAGCAGUCGUUGAAGACAUAUGGCCCGAACACGGACAUCUUACUCCGCCCCGACUCUCAGAUCUUCGUCGUUCAGACCACACUCGGAUUCCUGAUCACAUACUCUCUCGCAACAGAUCACUCGUCCCGCGUGUACAAGACACAGUUCACAGACACACAUGGAACGCAUUCGAGAAGGAGCAGUGCCAUUGGGUUCAAGAUACAGCGUCAGCAUGACACUAAUGCUGGACCUGGAGAAGGCAGUGGACUCAAAGAGCUCAGUCUUCGCUUCCGCAUGGUCAUACGCGUCGAUGCUGGGAUUGUGAAAGCUUUAGCUCUGGAUGAUGAGCUGGUAGUGGCGACUGCGAAGCCUGCGGCGAUGCAGUGCAUACGAUGGGCACCAGACAACCAAGGGAGCCAAACAAGCACCGAGGUGCUCACCAAGAUGAGCUGGCUGGGGAAGAAGCCUGCACUAGUUGAUAUGACCCACGAUCGACCUAUGAACCUGUCGUGCUGGAUCACCAAAGAAGGCCAAGCGUUCGCUGUUCAAAGAUCGAAAUCAGACCCCAAGCAUGAAGGAAGCGCACCACAGAACCUUUUCCGAGGAUAUGGUUUUCAUACACCAGAAACAAGUGGCGAAAACGGAGUGAAGGCUGCAAUCAAUGCCCGAUUCUCGUUACUUGCCGUAGGCUGCAAGAACAGUGAUAUCUACGUCUACACUGUUCGAGACUAUACCGGCAACAUCCCCAUCUCUCACAAACUGCAACCCAAUACUUCGUCUCCCGGCAAGCUGAACGUCUUGACGUACUCCCCAGAUGGGUAUUGCCUUUUCGCUGGUUAUGAGAACGGCUGGGCUAUGUGGAGUGUGUAUGGCAAACCAGGCGCUACUAGCUUCACAACUGACCGAACCAUCUCGAAGACGAACGGCGAGGGAUGGCUACUCGGCGUGAAGGAUGCCUUCUGGAUUGGCGGCGGCGCUGAACUAUUAAUACUUGGCAACAACGACAACCGGCUAUUCGUUGUCGAAAUGGCUCGAAGCGCUGUGACUGGAUGUUUCUUGUCAUCCAAUGUGUCGAGAUCUUUGAUGCAAACAAGCACAGGAUUCAUGAUCUACCGGGGCUAUGAUCUGCCCGAUCUGACGACAAUCUCUGCAGAGCUAUCCCUGUGGCAUAAUGUACAGGUGCCGUCAUACUAUCUGGUAGACCAGUGGCCCAUCAAAAGCGUAGUGAUCUCGAAUGACGGAAGAUAUGUGGCGAUUGCCGGAAGAAGAGGGCUUGCACACUACAGCGUCAACAGCGGGCGCUGGAAAACAUUUGAUGAUCCAUUCAUAGAGAAUGAGUUCACCGUUCGUGGCGGUAUGUGCUGGUUUCAGCAUGUGCUUAUUGCGGCAGUUGAGUCGCAAAACUCUCAUGAAGUUCGAAUAUACUCCCGAGAAUCAGCACUCGACAACAACCACAUCAUGCAUGUGCAGAGACUACCAGCUCCGAUCGUACUUAUUGCACCGUCCGGAGAGGACUCCCUACUUGUCUAUACCUAUGAGAACAUUCUCUAUCACUAUGUCAUGAGUGUCUCUGAUGCUACGGUGAAUCUGAUCCAGGUCGGUCAGAUCGCCCUACAUGGCAUCAUUCGCGCACCCACGAGGGUAAGAGCACUCAGCUGGAUCCUACCAGAAGACCAGAUUCAUCACGGCGAUCCGUCUCAAGAUGUAUCCGUUGCCACGAUUCUGUUCCUUGUCGAUGGGAAGCUUGUACUGCUUCAGCCCACGACAACUGGAGGCGGUGAACUCAAGUAUGAGAUGCGGGUCAUCGCACACAAUGUGGAAACGUAUGCGUUGAUGCGUGACCAUCCUGCCUUUGCACUAGAAUCUCACGAGGAUUCUCUUCCACCCAGUCCUUCGGUAGGGUUGGCCAUCAAUGGUGUGCACGGUCAUGGUCACGACCUGCGAGACUCUCUAUGGUACUUCGAUGGUCAGGACAUGAAAGUAUGGAUCGACAUGCAAGAUGUGCUUGCGUCUGCAUCCCCAGAGCUUGGUAGGGAUCUGCCUACACCCGUCCAGAUUCCCGUCGACUUCUACCCUUUGUCUGCCUUGCUCAACAAGGCAAUCAUCUUUGGUGUAGAAUCAGAACUCGUCCAGCGCAGGGAUACUAACUUUGCCUACCUGCGAUUUGGAACGAGGACACACCUCUUCCUUCCCGCAACGCUACGGUAUCACUUGGCGCAGUACAAUCACCCUGCAGCCCUAUACCUCAGCCACCACUACCAACAUCUGCUGUAUUUUCCGCAUGCCCUCGAGAUCUUACUGCAUGAGGUACUCGACGAAGAAGUUGAUACCCAGCCACCGCCAGAGCAGGCGCUACUACCAAGUGUGUUGUCGUUUCUGAGUUCGUUUCCGCAAUACCUCGAUAUCGUCGUCCAAUGUACGCGCAAGACGGAAGUCCGAUCUUGGCGGACACUAUUCGCAAACUUGCCACCACCGGAAGAAUUGUUCGAGGAGUCACUUCAAAAAGGCAAUCUGAAGACUGCGGGAGGCUAUCUACUUGUGCUUCAUACGUUCGAAGAACUACAGUCUACAGGCGACCAAGUAGUCCGCUUACUGCAACGCGCAAAGCAAGAACAAGAUUGGGAGCUGUGCAAGGAGCUGGCACGCUUCCUCAUGGCCCUUGAUGAAACGGGUGCAACCCUACAACGGACACUUGAGCUCGUGGAGCUUAAGACGCCGUCAGCAGAACCAGGAUAUGGGCAGUCUCAUUUCACCUUCGAGACGACUCGUCUAAACAUCCCGACAAGAGGUCGGGCCGGUACGAAUGGAUAUCGCAAAGACCGCGACGGAUCAAGUGGAAGUAGAAGCUCAGCAGGGAGUAACGCCAGUCCUGGUGGACGACGGCCAAGUCGCAGGAACACUACUGCGCAGGAACCGACCGAUUAUUUCGGCGUUGGCUUGGGAGCUCGCUUAGUCGACAGUGAUCCUUGAGUACUACAGAUGCAACCUCAAAUCUAAUCUGGCACGACUACUAUUCGGCUAUUCUCCAUAGCCGAGUCGUAAGAUCGGCGGGACUCAUAGACCGAAGACGUGCGGGGUGCUCGAGCGGGAAAAGUG